UUCCCACGUGGGUCCGCUCAAAACCCAAUCACCAAAGAGGAAUGGAGACGAUGGAAAAAAAAUAAAGAAGGCAAAAAUUGGAAAGAUUUUCUUAACUUGCCGUAUGAUACAUAUUGGUCUUAUCGAAGAAAUCUUCGUGAUCGAUUAAAUGCAUGCUGUCAAAAAGGAAAAUACGCAUCAGAACAAAAUCAAGGAAUUGUUCAAAAAGUCAUUGAGAAAGAGGCACGUGAAAAGGGCAUCCCUGCUCCUCCAAAACGCAAAAACAUAACACCACCAAAAAAUAAGAAGGCAUCAUUUCCAACAAGAAGUUCUCAAACAGUAUUAUCUCCUAGUAAUACAAUUAAUACAACCAACAAUAAUAACUUUCAACAAUCUUUAUCAGAUGAAAAUUCAUCUUCUACUGAAUCUGAUGAAAGUAGUUCACCAUUAAUCAAUAAGCAAACUGCAUCUAUUACUUUACCAAAUAGAGAAUUUCGGUCUGCACCACCCAUGAAUGAAAGUGAUUAUUUGACUGAUAAUGAUAAUAAUAAUACUCAAUGGUCUUUUAAUACAAUCAAAGAUAGCAAUAAUAAUAAUACAAUCGAAGGUAGCAAUAAUAAUAAUACAAUCGAAGAUAGCAAUAAUAAUAAUACUCAACAAUCUUCCGGUGAGAAUAUAAUCGAAGUUGACGAUAAUAAUAAUAUUCGACAAUCUUCUGGUGAGAAUAUAAUCGAAGUUGAUGUCGAAGUUGAUGAUAAUAAUGAUACUCAACAAUCUUCGGGAAAAAAAAGGCCAAUUCAAUUAACUCGUUCAACUCGUUCAACAACAAAAAAAGGUUCAACUGAAAAAGCUGCAGUGAUGUACCUUGCAAGUGAUGAUGAUUUCAUCCUCGCGCAAGUUAUUACACCAUACCUUGCGCAAGGUAGAUCCUUAAUUUAA